UCUGGUGAGUGUUUCUGGCAGCAGAACAGUGAAUGCGGAAACAGAGAUAAAUGACUUCCGAGUUUUAAGCAUAUUGUUAUUUAACCAUAAUAAUAACCUUGGUUACAGACGCAAGAUAAAUAUUCCAACCAAGCCUGAAUUUCCUGAUCUUGCGAAACUACUCACUUGUGUUGUUAGAGUGAUUGCUUUGAAGUGGGUGAGUUUAGGUGCAGGAGGCACACACUACAGAAUAGUACAGAAUUUAUCUACAAGCAUCACGGCAUCUUACCUGCACACUGAAAGGAGUAAAACGCUUCUAAGAAUGUUGCUAAGUGUGUUCUGGGGGCCCCUACAACAGAUAAUGAGUGACAGUGCUGCAGCCUUGGUAUCCAAAUACAUGCAGAAUAUGAGUAAAUGCAAGGCCUUUCUAUGUGUGUAAAUCUGGCCCUACAGUAAAACCUCAACACACUCAAACUGUUUUGAGCUUUUUGCUACGAUGCCUGCAAGCUGCAACAGAAAAAAAAAAAAAAGAAAGAAAAAAAAAAAAGCUUUUAUGCAACAGGUUUAAUACAGAAUGAUAUUUUCCACAACCAAAACACAAACAUUAGCAAAUUGGACACUGGAUCAGACAUCCAGAGUAUAGUAGUGCACUGCAGUGCUAUAUAUUGUGUUAUAUAUUCGGAACUGCAUAUUUCUUUCACUAUCUCUCAUACAGCAUCAUAUUGGAUUGUCAUGGCGCUGGCAGCUGCCCUGCUGUCUGAGGACCAGUUUACCUGCUCCAUCUGUCUGGAGAUAUUCAACAAUCCAGUCUCAACACCAUGUGGCCACAGCUUCUGCCAGGUCUGCAUCUCCUCCUACUGGGACAGAGGAAGAGGAGGAGGAGGAGGAGGAGGAGAAGGAGGGGGUGCCAAAAUCUAUCAAUGUCCCCUCUGUAAGGAGUCCUUCCGCAAGCGACCAGAGCUCCAAAUCAACCGAAGCCUGAAGGAAAUCACUGAACGAUUCAAGAUUAUAGCCAACACUGAAAUUCCAAUCAAUGUCAGAGGUGGAGUGGAGGAUCCCAACUCACAUCCCGGCCAUCAUCAUCACCCAGCCCUUCCUCUGCCCCAGAGGCCGGGCGAGAUGCCAGAGUGUGUAUUUGCUGAGAUGAUGACUCGUUUUCAUCAGCUGACUCCUGGGGAGCCUAACACAACCCUCCCUCUUCCCAGUAACCCUCAACCACAAAGUCCAAAUCCAGUUGAUGCUCACCUGUCUCUUCAGACACAGAACAAUGAGUACCAGGACCCACCUCCACCCUACUCACCUCCUUGCAGCAGGUACACUGUGAGUGGUACGCCCAGUGACACUUCCCUUGGUCUGCCUCUGUGUCCCAUCCACCUGAGAGGGCUGGAGUUCUUCUGUCGCACUGACAACACCUGCGUCUGCAGCGUCUGUUUGGAGAAAGCAGAGCACCGAGGACACAACGUCAUCCCUGCUAAGAGAGAGUGGAACAUCAAGAAGGCAAACAAUUCUUAUUGGUUUGAAUGGGUGCCAUCUUUCCAUCAGGUAUCUAGUUUUUCAAGGCUUUUAGUGGUGAUCAGUUUCAGAUAUCAUCAGGUUAAGCCUAAGAAAACGUGUGGUUUCUGUUGUCUCCAGUCCCAGUUAAAUAUUUCAGAGGUGGAGCUGAAGGAUCUCAUCUGUGAGAAGAAGAGGAAAGUGGAGGAAAUACAAAACUCCUUACGAGAGAUACAGGCUGCUGCUGAAAGAGAGACAGAGGGAGCUGUUUGUGUUUUUUCCAAACUGAUCUCAAGUGUUGAGCGCUGUCAAACUGAAGUCUUGGAGGUGAUUGAGAUGACUCAGCGAGCGGCUGAACAUAGAGCUCAAAGCCUGCUGAGAGAGCUGGAGGAGGAGAUAUCUGUGCUAAACAGGAGAAGCACAGCACUGAGCCAGCUGGCUCUGUCUGAAGACUACAUACACUUUCUCAGGACAUUCCCCGCCCUGUCCACCCCUCCACAAACUAAGGACUGGUCAGGUGUCUCUGUGGUGUCCGAGCUGACAUCAGGGGUGAUCCUCAAGACUGUCAGUCACAUGAUGGAGCGUUUUCAGGAAGACAUGCUGACACUGCCUGUAGUCUGCCAGCAAUCCUUACUGGACCAAUCAGUGCCCAGACCUAACCCAAAGAUCAGGAGGGUUCAAGAAUAUGCAGUCGACAUCACUUUAGAUCCCAGCACAGCCCACCCCCGUCUCAUCAUCUCAGCAGAUGGGAAGCAGGUGCACUGUGGUGACCGCCAUCAGCUGGUGCCAGAUAACCCUGAGCGCUUUGAUCGGGUGGUGUGUGUGCUGGCCCAUCAGGGCCUCAGCUCAGGGCGCCAUUACUGGGAGGUGAAGGUGGGAGGAAAGACUGACUGGGACCUGGGAGUGGCAAGCUGGUCUGUCAACCGGAAGGGCAAAAUCACGGUAAGCCCUGCCCAUGGCUACUGGUUCCUCAGCCUGCGGGAUCGGACUGACUACGCCUUCCGAACAGAGCCCUCCACCAGCCUGACAGUGAAUCUCAGACCAUCCAGGAUUGGUAUCUAUGUGGACUAUGACAAGGGACUGGUGUCCUUCUACAACAUGGAGGCCAGGGUGCUCAUCCAUACAUUCACAGAUACUUUUUCUGGAACCAUCUAUCCAUUCUUUAGCCCUUGUACUAAUAAAUCAGGAAGGAAUGAGGCUCCUCUAAUCAUCUGCCCUGUUGCAAUGACAUAAUGACAUGAGCUAGCAGUUUAAGAAAAUCUUCACUAAUAACUUCUGCAUGCUUCUGUGUAUGUCCAUCCUUUCAUUCCAGUAGAGUAGAUAAAAGGCAGAGCAUUUGUUGUCAAGGGUGUCAAUGACUGUGACUCUCUUAUGGGCUAAUGUCAAUGCAUGCUCUGGAUGAGCUGGUUCAAAGCAUACAGUUUUAGAUAUAUUUCUUGUGUUGAGUGUCACUAUACCAAAUCUGUCACAUCACAAGUGUUGUGCCCUGAUUGAUUGUAGAUUGAUUGUAGGUCCAUCCACUCCCAGCCAGUCUGCAGGUAUAUCCAGAAUUUACUAAGACUUGCAUAACCAGCUGUGUUUGUGAUAGAGAAAGGUCUGUUGGUAGUGCUGAUCAAAUAUGAAUCAAGAUUCUGUUUCUGCAUUAUCUGCAUUAUCUAUGUCUAAUUUCUGUAAUAUGUGUAAUUUUUUAACUUGAUCAUACUAUAAAAACAAUUUAA